AUGGUGGGGGUCUUGUCCAUGGCGGCGGCAGCUGCUCCCCCACCCGUGGAGGACUACCAGGUUGAGGUAUGCAAAAAGAGGAGGAAAGAUGAUGACAGAUCUUCCUGUAAAACAAUUACAAAAUAUUUAUCACCUGUAGCGAAGACUGGGGACAGGGUUUUUUCGCCACCAAAAUCCAGUAAUAUUCUGAGUUAUUUUAGAAAGACUUCUCCCACAGAUGAGAAGACUCGGUCAGCAAGAGAGUGCAAGACAAAAUCAUCUGCACCAUUGCCUGCUGACAGUGGCAAAGACUGUAAAACAUCUUUGGAACUGUUUUCAAGUGUGGAUCUUAAGAAGACAAGAAAGAGAGUUAAUUUAUCUCAUCGACUAAAUAAUAUUAAGACUGAAAGUGAUUCUAUAAUUGAAAUUAGUAGUGAUGAUAGCAAAGAAGAUUCUAGUUUAAAUAGUGAUUUUAUGGAAAGUAGUACUUCUCUUUUACUUAACAAAAAACAUGUAGAGUUACUUGCAGAAAGUGUUCAAGAUAUCAAAAACCAAUCAAGCUCUGUAACCUCCAAAAAAUGUUCUAAGAAAGGAAAUACUAGACAAGGAGCCACAAAAAGUGAUUGCAAAAAUUUGAGAAAAAGAAAGCACAGAGAUGUAAUAGAUCUAUCUGAAAGUUUGCCUGUGGCAGAGGAACUUAAUUUUAAAAAAGAUGGCCAAGAUAAACAGAUGCCUUCCCUAACUCAUGAAAGGGAGAGUACUGCAAAUGAUGAAAACUCUAAAGAUAAUAUAACAAAGGCUUCCCAGUUAAAAGAUGGCACAGUAACUGUCUCAUACGAGGACUUUUUAAAAAGUCACAAGGAAAAUAAAAUGGAACAGAAAGCAGAUUCUACAAUGUCACUUUGUAUUCCUUCUGAAACUGUUGAAGAUACAGUCAAAAGUGGUUAUAUAAAUGAUACAGAGACCUGUGAACUUUCCCAACAGGUACGCUUUAAGACAGUUACUGUUCUUGCACAGGUUCACCCUAUCCCCCCAAAAAAGGUAGGGCGAAUACCCUCAAUUUUCUUGAAACAAAAGCAGUUGGAAAUGGAAAAUAGUCUGUCUGAUCCUGAGAAUGAACAGACAGUUCAGAAGAGAAAAUCUAACGUCGUUAUACAGGAGGAAGAAUUAGAAUUGGCAGUGUUGGAAGCUGGAACUUCUGAAGCUGUAAAACCAAAAUGUACUCUAGAAGAAAGGCAACAGUUUAUGAAAGCAUUUAGACAGCCAGUGUCAGAUCCAGUUAAAAUUGGAGCAAAAAAAUCUUCUGAUAAGCAGAAAGAGCUCAUUGAGAAAUCCUUAAAUGAGGAAGAAAGAGAAGAUCCUAAAAACAUUAUAGAAAAUUCUAAUAUCACAAUGAUUUCAAAUGAUGGCAAUUCACAGUCACACAGUGAUAAAGGAAUAUUUCCUAAGAAGAGAAGUAAAAAGAUGAAGGAAAAGGACAAGAAACUAUUAGAUACUGCUGUUACUUCAAGUAAAAAUAGAGGGGGAAAGACUCAAAAGAAAGAAGCAAUUCUUUCCCUUAAAGGUAAACAAAAUCAAAAUAAGCUUAGGAUGACUUUAAGGCAAAAGAAAACAGAAGUUUUAAAAAACACAAUAUUUAACAGUGAAAGUGUUAUUUGUGAAGAUAAAGCAAAUGAUGGUUCUCUGAAGAUUUCCUCUCUGUGUAAGAAUAAAUCUUCAAGAAAAACCAGCAUGCCACUUAAAGAUAAAGCUAUACAGACUAAAGCUAAUGCUGAAGACAAUGUGGUAAAUGUUUCCACACCCAAAUCAACCAGAAGAUCUGUAAGAAGUAGCAGCACACCUAGCACAGUAAUCAUAAGAGGUGCUGAUUCAGAAGACACACAAGAUGGUUGUCCAGUGAAGGCAGAAAAACAUAGCUUAUAUACAGCGGAACUAAUAACAAUAUCUUCUGAUUCAGAGAGCCCUAUUAGAAUGAAGUUCACCAGGAUUAGUACUCCCAAAAAGUCCAAGAAAAAUAUUAAGAAAAGAUCUGAGAAAUCUGAAUCUGCUGAUGGGGAUUUCACUUUUCAGACUAGGAAGGCAAGCACUGCUUCAAAAAAUGUAUCAAAAGCAAAACAGUUGAUUGAGAAAGCAAAAGCUAUACAUAUUAGUAGGUCAAAAGCUACUGAAGAAACCGCAACACCUUUAAGGCGUUCAUCGAGACAUCAGCUGCUUCCUGAAAAGAAGAAAUUGUCGGAAACAGAAGACUCUGUAAUAAUAAUAGAUUCAAGCCCUCCUUUAAAGCUUCCGGAGAAAAAUCAGAAGAAACUUCCAUGUCUGAAUGAUGUACUAGGAAAAAAACUUAAGACUCCUAAAAAUGUACCUGGAAAAAUGAAAGUGGCUCCAUUAUUUCUUUCCAGAAAAACUCAAAAAACAUCUGAUCCUACCCUUGGUUUAGAUGAAAGCAGUCAAGAAACAACUGAAAGAUCUCAAGAUUGUGAAGUUCAGUUUAAAGCAAAGCGUGACUUUUUAAUGAGUGGAUUGCCAGAUUUGUUGAAACGACAAAUUGCAAAGAAAGCUGCCGCAUUAGAUUUGUACAAUGCAGUGAGUACCAGUUUCCAGAGAGUUGUUCAUGUACAGCAGAAAGAUGAUGGAUGCUGUUUAUGGCAUCUGAAACCACCCACUUGUACUCUCUUAAAUAAAUUGAAGGAACUGAAUACUAACGUAAUAGAUCUCUCAAAAUAUGUUAUGGCUCUUGGUGAAUUUUCAACACUGAAUUCAGAUUUAAAAAGUAUUAAUUCUGUUGUUGUGUUUAUGGGAAGAAGGAGAGAUUUGACUGAGGAAGUAAGAAAUCUUUUGCUAGAGGAAAUUGAGUGGUCAAAUCCUGAAUUUUCUUUGAAGGAAUACUUUCCUUUGAUUCUAAAAAAACGAACUGAGCACCAGUUACUUUCUGUGUGUCAUCCUAAACAAGAAAGUCCACAACUAGAGCCAGAUGUCAAUCAAAAGGAAACCAAAAGGAAACGAGUGGAAACAGUAAAUCAUAAGCCAAAAAGAAAGAGACCAAAUGAGUACUCAGAAAGUCCAAAAAAGACAAAUGGGAAACCAGAAGAACUUGACAAAAGAAACAGCUCUAGUGGGACAAAGCUAGAUUCUUCCAAAGAUUCUGCAACUGAAGACAUGCUGUGGACAGAAAAGUAUCAACCUCAGAACUCCAGUGAACUCAUAGGCAAUGAGCUUGCUAUAAAAAAAUUACAUAGUUGGUUGAAAGACUGGAAAAAAAGAGCUGAAUUGGAAGAAAGACAAAAUUUGAAGGGAAAGAGAGAAGAGAAACAGGAAAAACUGGAAGACUUGUCGGAUAGCAAAGAUUUUAAAGACAGUUCAGAUGAUGAAGAGGAGACUCGUCUUUGCAAUACUGUUCUCAUAACAGGGCCAACAGGAGUGGGGAAAACCGCUGCAGUGUAUGCUUGUGCUCAGGAGCUUGGAUUUAAGAUAUUUGAAGUGAAUGCCUCAUCUCAGCGCAGUGGUAGACAAAUUCUAUCUCAACUGAAGGAAGCUACUCAGUCCCAUCAAGUAGACAAGCAAGGUGUAAACUCACAGAAGCCUUGUAUUUUUAGUAACUACAACUUAGGCAAGUCACCCAAAAAAUUGAACUCCCCUAAGAAAGUUGUUACAUCACCUAGGAAAUUUUCUUCGCCAUCACCGAAAUGUAGUGGACCAAAGCGAGUGCUUCCACCUAAAACGCUGACAAAUUAUUUUAAAGUGUCUUCCAAGUCAAAAAAUAAUGAAGAAGUAGGAGCACUGCUGGAAACUAAUAAAGGAGUCAAAAAUUCUUUUGAACUGAAACAAACUAUUCAGACUAAGUCUAUAAGUACAACUAACUCAAAUGUCAAAGAAUUUGGAGCUGAGGAACUCAACAGGAAAAAUGCAACAUCUCUUAUUCUUUUUGAAGAGGUUGAUGUUAUUUUUGAAGAAGAUGCUGGGUUUUUGAAUGCAAUCAAAACAUUCAUGGCCACAACUAAAAGACCUGUAAUCCUUACUACAAGUGAUCCAGCUUUUAGUUUAAUGUUUGAUGGCUGCUUUGAAGAAAUUAAUUUUAAUACUCCUUCGCUGCUGAAUGUUGCCAGCUACUUACAGAUGAUCUGCUUGACUGAGAAUUGUAGAACAGAUAUAAAAGACUUUAUAACAUUGUUAACUGCAAAUACUUGUGAUAUCAGAAAAAGUAUCCUUUACUUACAAUUCUGGAUUAGAAGUGGAGGUGGAUUUUUAGAAGAAAGGCCAUUAUCACUUUCUCGAGGAAAUAGCAGAAGUAUACAACUUACUUGUUCUGAAGAUGGCCCUUUUUCUAAAAAUAACCCUAAAAAUGCUAAAAAGAAUCUUAUAGAUCUUCCCAAAUGUGACACUGGCUGUGUUGAGUCUUUGUUUGGCCUUAAGAACAUACUUUCCCCAUGUGAAGACUUAUUUUCAUUUUUAAAGCACAAAAUCACAACAAAGGAAGAAUGGCAUAAGCUCAUCCAGCUCCUUACCGAAUUCCAAAUGCAGAAUGUAGAUUUCUUAGGUAGUAAUCUGGAGUUCAUUCUACCAUUACCUGUUGCUGUCAUUCCAGAAAGAGAAAACUUUUAUGGUUCAUCUGUACAUGUGGACACCAGUACAGCAACAAAAAAUAUGAAAUGUCAUACUAGGAAGGAUUCUGAAAGGGAACAGCUAUUGAAAAAAUCCCAAAAAAAGAAACAUAAGAAAAAGAUAGUAACUCUAGAUGAUAGUGACUUAUUUGACACUCAAUUGGACUUUUUUGAUGAACUUAUUAACUUGUCCCCUGUACCACCUUCCUCAAAUUCAGAAGAAAACAAAGUGAGAGACAUGGAAAGCAAUCCAGAGACAAAGAAACUAAACAAAUCUACUUCUUGUCCUCCUAAAACAGCAGCAGAAAAAAAAUGUUCUGCCCUCGUUUCUCAUUGUUUAAAUUCUCUCACUGAGUUCAUGGAUAACAUGUCCUUUUUAGAUGCCCUUUUAACUAAUGGAAGGGAGCAGAAGGAAUUUGGCAAAAAUGACUUUAGUUGGACAAAUGGGAAGGUUAAAAGUGGACUUUGUGAUGAGUUUAGUCUUGAGAGUAAUGAUGGAUGGAUUUCUCAAAGCUCCCGAGAGUUAAAGGCAUCUGUAGAAGCUCUCAGCUUUACUAAAUGUUCUUCGACUAUUUCAAAAGCAUUGGAAACCAUGAAUUCUUGCAAGAAAUUAGAGAAAGAUCCAUCUGAAGAGCUUACUUUUUAUGUUUCACAAAAGCGCAACAAUGUGUACUUCAGUCAAUCAGCUGCUAAUUUGGACAGUGCCUGGAAGAGGAUAGCGGUCAUUAAAAGUGUGUUUUCUAGCCGAUCUCUUCUGAACCUGGGUAAUAGACAAGCUAGUGUAAUUGAAUACUUGCCAACUCUUCGAAAUAUUUGUAGGACUGAGAAGCUAAAAGAACAAGGGAAAAGUAAAAGAAGAUUCCUGCACUAUCUUGAAGGAAUUCAUCUUAACAUUUCAAAAGAGACUGUGAACACAUUAGCAGCUGACUUUCCUUAAUAUUCCACUUUAAUGCCUUGUACAGAUUAUGAUGUGUUCCUUAAGACAAUUUUAUAUGGAUUUUCAUGGAAGAACUUACUCUCGAUGUAAAUUUAAGACUGUAUAUUUUUAUUAGUGUGCAAAUAUUUAAAUGAAAAAAGUUGAGUUACCAAUUGUAUUUAUGAUUGUAGUAGUAUUUUUUCCCCCUGAAUGUCUUUGUAUUAUCGAGGUUAGCUUUGUUGGAGUACUUUUGUGAGUGAACUGUUUCUAGAAGGUAGAAUCCACUAAAGUAUUUCUAAAGAUGUUUUGGUGCUAACUUAAUCCAAAAUUUUUCCUUUUCUGUUAACUUUUAAUUCACCUCUUUCUAGCCAAGUAUCCACACUUGUAAAUAUGAAUCACCUCAGUGAUAAUCUUUUUAAAUAUGUUUACCCAGUACAAAAUCACAUAUACAACACAUAAGAAAACCUUCUAGGAAGGAAAUUAUGCUUAACUUUUCAAAAAGUAAGCUCAUCUUGAUACAUUUAUUUCUAGUGUAUUUCUCCAAUAAGUUUACCAUUUGAAUCACUGAAUGUUGGCAAA